UCAGUCGCACAUUCAAAACAAGUGAAAAUCAAGUUAAUUUGACUUAAAAAAUAUAACAAAAAAUAAAUUUUACAAUGAGUUUGCUUAAAUUUGCAUCAAUCUUGUUGGUCGUGACAGUAGUGAAAGCUGGACUUGCACCAUUGGCUUAUUCAGCAUUUCCAUAUGCAUCUAAUUUAGUGUCAUCGCCAGUUCUCGCUCGUUCAGCUCCACUCUUAGCUAGUCCAUAUUAUGCACGUUCAUCACUCUUAGCUUCACCUUAUGUCGCUCAACCAGCAGCUGUUGUUGCCAGAACUGCACCAUUUGUCGCUAGAGCUGCACCAUUUGUCGCUGCACCAGCACCAGUAGUUGCCAGAGCUGCUCCGCUUGUUGCUGCACCUGCACCAGUAAUUGCUAGAGCUGCACCAGUUGUUGCACGAACAGUUGAUCUUGAUGAUGCCUACCCACAAUAUCAAUACGCCUACAAUGUCAACGACGUUUUGACUGGAGAUAACAAAGCUCAAGAAGAAAUUCGUGAUGGUGAUGUUGUUAAAGGAUUUUACAGCCUUGUAGAAGCUGACGGAUCUGUGCGAAAAGUGAACUACUAUGCUGAUCCCGUUAAUGGUUUCAACGCUGUUGUUUCAAAAUCACUUCCUGUUGUUGCUGCACCCGUCGAACCUGUUGCUAAAGUUGUCGUAGCCUAAUCAAUUCAAAAGACUAUAAAUAUAGAAAAAUUGUUGAAAUUCGCAACGUUUUUACCAGCCCAGGAUGAUCCUCAAAAUGCCAGAAAAUGACGAAGAUUUAAGCUUAUAAAAAGAGUCAAAUUUUACUUUUAAAUAAAUGAAACUAAUCAAAUAGAUUUUGAACAAAAUAAGAGCAAAGCUUCUUAUU